AGUUGUGAGAUGUUAACAAUGGACGUUUGUUAUUAUGUUUACAGUCAGAUGAUGUCGUUAAUCGUUGUUCUUUCUCAGAUUCUGGUUUGUUUAUUACAGCAAGAUAUGAUGGAGUUUCUGUUGAACUUGUGUUCACUGCAUGGAAUUCAUUAACUUUGGAAAGAAUUGAUCGACGCUGCGUUGUUGAUUACCAAAAACUACAAUGCACCGAUAAAUAUUCAGAGUUCUUUGGUGCAGAACUCGUCGACAUUUCGUAUGUUUUUCAAUUUCCAAAGGCAAUCGAUAUUUUUUCCCAACCUUUACAUUUAAUGAUAACACACCUUUAUCGUGAUUGUAUUUUUUAUCAUACAAGCCAGAAUGGAAAGCUUUCUGAAAUCACUCAGUUGACAAAAUACAACGAUCAAGGAAAAAUCGAGUUUUGUUUACCAAAUGUUAGGUGUCCAUGUAUUUAUAGGAAUCGUAACGGAGUCCAUCCCCUCUCGUUUAAGGACUUUUACGUUGUGCCGUAUUUUUCCAAGCUGAAUAUUUUCAAAACUGAUCAUCUUUUGAAAUCUUCAUUUAUUUCUGAGGAAUUGAAAAUUAAAUGUUGUUGUUUUCACUGGAUGGAUCUUUUUUUGCUGCUUUCGCUGUUGGUGACCACGUCAACAUUCAUAUUUGGAGCAUUGAACGUUGUACUAUUAUUCAAACUGUACCAAUGAAACUGAAGAAUGCAUUAGGAUGUUGGUGGUCGGAUGGUUUACUGUGGAUAUGGGAUGGUUCAGAUCAUCUUACGAAGAUAUCAACUUCGUCUGAAAAUUUUUUAGAUUCUACUCAAGCAAAGCAUGUUAACAUUGGAUUUAAACCUAAAGAAAUCUUAACAUAUGGUGAUGUCUUAGUUUGUGUUGACGAACAAGAUUUUGUUCAAGUUGUUAGAAUUGCCAAGGGUGAGAUACAGUACAACGAAAGACUUCUUGUCCGUAGUUCAAAAGUUAAAGCAGCUGUAUCACCUGAUAAUUCUGUUAUUUUAACUGCAAACAAAACAGAAUACACAUUAUGGAAAUGGAAAAAUACCAACAAUGAACUUUACUUGGAACCUUGGCAUACUGCAGAAAUACCCAUAACGUCUUUUAUUGAAAAAUUUGAUCGAGAACAGAUAAUUUUAACUUGUCUUGAAGUCAGUUGCUCUAUAAGUGAUAGUAACCAAGCGGUCAUUGCAUUCUCUUUUCAAAACGACAAUUUCAAACGGAAAACUGGCAUUUAUGUAAUUAAUGUGCAUAAAAACAACGAUGUGAGUACGAUUUGGCAGAGUAUCGAUGGAUUUUUAUGUUCAAGCACAUUCGUACAUAAAUCAUAUUUCAUUGGCGAAUCUUUUGGCACAUUGUUUGCUGUAGAUUUAAACAGUGGUAAAAGAUGUGCUAAAUUUUACUCAUUAGAUUCUGUAUUUAAUAUAACUAUACAUUACAACACAGGAACUUUAGCUUUAGUAACAAAUGGUGGAUGCGGAAUUAAAUUUUAAAACUUAAUGUUCCUGAAUAAAUCCACUAACUCAACCUUUUUAGUUAUUAGCCUAUUGUAUUUACUAACAUUACAUAUCACUUAAAACGAACAUAAAAGUUCUUUAUAUCACAAAAGGACAGUUAUUUAUUGUAUCAACAACGAACUCAAAACUGUUGCAGAAAAAAUUGUCCAUAUUCUUUGUUUUAACCGUGGAAAAACUGUCAGUUUUUAAUUAUGUAAAAAUAUCACGGACAGAGAGAAAGAUUAGUUUUUUGUAAUGUCAAGUAAAGAUCUUUUUCAUCCUAUGAUUCCCGUCAACUUUCAAAUUUAUAUUUGGAGAUUUCAACACUGUAACAUUGUCAAAGUUGUGAUGGAAUUGAGAAUAUCACGCGAAGAUGAUGAUUGUCGUAAAGAUGGUCGCUUGUUUUACAUGUGAAAAUUACCAAAAGUGAGAAACUUUUGAUCUCUGAACGAACUUAAUGUUGAUGGUUUACUUUUUAAUACUAAUGUAUGGUUAGAUAAUUUCGUUAUUUUUAUUAUAUAUUAAACGUUCACUACAUAGAAA